AUGACAUCCACUGGCAGUCCCGACUCACAGGCCAACCAAGCUUUCCAAAUUGCUCUUCAAAGACAUCGGGACAAAUGGGAAUCAGACUAUGAAUUUCCGGAGAGCGCGACUCCAGAGGAGCUGUAUAGUGAAAUCAAACAACACGAGGAUGACCACCGUAGGUCGAAGUUACGUGCCUACACCUCCCGUAUAUCGGAUGUUAUCAUGCAGUUCGAAAAAUUCUUCAGCUCGGUUGAUGCGUUGGUUUCCGUGAACCCGAUCGCUGGGCUGGCUUGGGGCGGGAUCAAGUUCAUCAUACGGGCGGUCUCAAAACACUCGAAGUAUUUCGAACGCAUUGUGGGCGUUCUUCAAAAAGUCGGCCAAAACCUCCAUUUUUACGGCAGGAAGCGCAUGCGAAAUUUCCCUGCCAUUGUUGUUUUGUCCCUUUGGUUGGAGGGCGACUUUGAUGCUGUUGUCGCUAGUCUCGAAAAACGGCACAUUAUGCUCAAAAAUGAAGUUGAACAUGCAGAUCGCGAGGCUCACCAUGCUGACCGAGAAGAACACGUCAUCGCCAAGUGGCGAGAAGAGAUGGAUCACCUGCUAGACCUUUUACACUUCCAGGACUCCGAUUGCGGCGAGAAGCACGCACAAUCCAUCGGAAAGAAUAUGUCUUUGGACUCUGGUACCUGGCUUCUCGAGGCUCCGCUAUACAAGAAUUGGCGAGAUUCGUGGGGUGUCGACUCCUCUGGUUCGCUUUUCUGGCUCAAUGGACAGCCGGGUUCGGGAAAGACAGUUUCAACGUCCCUCGUGAUUGAGGAUCUUAAGGAAAACAAACGCCCCAACUCUCGAUUGUUAUCAUUUUACUGCGAUUAUAAAUUUCCGGAGAAAAGUAAGGCGGCAUACCUCUUUCGAAGUCUUCUGGGACAGCUACUCCGCUCGUUUGACGACUCUCUUCCACAAUCGCCAUCUCCUGUCCACGACAUUCUAGCCAAGUUUUCGAGGACUCGAUCAGUGACCGACAUACCCUUCGCUGAUGUAUUGAGCGGGCUCGCAACUUGCUCAAUUUGCGGACACCUUACAAUUGUCAUCGACGCCCUGGAUGAAUGUCAGGACAGGGAAAGCAUCCUCCGCUUGCUCCAUCAGCUUCCAUCAUCCAUCCACCUCUUUAUAUCCAGUAGGGAUGAGGAUGACAUUAGGCGCAGCUUUCGAUCCCAUUCCGCACUUCGAGAACAGAAGAUCAAUUCAGACGACAUCGAACACGACAUCAGGAGUUACCUUGUCAAGACGUUCGAUAAUCAUAUUGAGAAGAACCCAAAUUUUGUACAGGAUUGCACCUUACGGGAGGAGAUCAUCGAAACUCUCGUCAAAAAUGCUGACGGAAUGUUUCUUUAUGUAUUUUUUCAAGUUAUGAGCAUCUUGGAGUGCGAAACAGACUACGAUAUCCGAAAUGCACUCCAAAGCUUACCAAAAGGGCUUGAAGAAACUUUCAUACGUUCUCUCAAACGGAUCGACGAACGUCCUGGGGCUUCAAGGAUUCGCCUUCGACGUACGCUUCAUUUGGUGGUCUGUUAUGAAAGUAUUGAAAUCAAUUUCCUCAUCCAAUUACUCAACAUCGCGGAAAUGGGUGAUGAUUGGGACCCAAAUAAAACUAUCAAUGAUCCUUUCAAACUGAUAUCCGGCUGUGGUCACCUAAUCAGCACAACACUUUCUAUGGAAAGUCUAUUCGUCACACCUACACACCUUACUGUUCAAAAAUUUCUCACCUCUGACCCAAAUUCUUUCGAUGACACCAUCACAACUCUCCCCCAGUAUCAUUGCUACCCGCUCGGUGAUUUGUUUAUGAAAACUGCACGAAUCUUUCUCAAAAAACAUCAGAUGCGGGGUUGCCCAUACCUUGAUACGACGUGCCAGUGGGAAGACGAACGCCAAUUGGUCGAUCGUUGGAGUACGAUUCCGGAUUUUCAAACACGUUUCCCGGAUAUCCUGUCCACGGUGUUCAACGCACCACUGAAGGAGAACGCACGACCUGGACCACUUGUGUUUCCGAAUGCGACACAUGUCACAGCCAUAAACUGCCACUUCAUCGACGUUGAGGACGAGUUUUACAUUUCAGUGGCCUCUUCACAACCAGCCGAAUUCUCGAGGGGUCCAUACGUCUUGGAAGAUGUCUUUCCACGACUUACCCAUCUCAGAAGCACUAAGUCUAACUUUGCCAGAGCUAAUUCUGCAGUCCAUGUACUGGGAGGCCCACGAGCCACUACCAAGCCUGUGGGGUAUCCCUCCCAAACGAGCGCAACCCACGUUACCGUAGAGGGUAUUGACUUCAUCCAUGCAACAAACAGCAUUUGGAUUGUUCGCCCCGGUGUCGAAACCAUACCUGGGGUAGUGACCCUGCCUGAACCCCAGACGCCCUACUUCUUUAUAAAUUCCAAUAUCAAAGUCUGGUCGUCUGACGACACGUAUACUGACAACUUUCACGAGAUCCCGAUGAGUGCAUCAGCGAGGAUUCAGUAG